GAGGGAGGCGCCGGUGGGGCUGCUCGGAGUGACCACUGGCCGGAGCGGGGGAGCCGGAGCAGCGGCCAGGAUGGCGGCGGAGGGUGGCCUGGAGCAGCGGGCGCUGCAGUACGAGCAGACCCUGAUGUAUGGCCGCUACACCCAAGACCUGGGAGCGUUCGCUAAGGAUGAAGCAGCUCGCGUCCGGUUGCAGCAGGAACCCUGGAAACUCUCCCCGAAGGACCGGCCGCACGCCUCUGAAUUCCUGGAGUACGACCACGGUCGCUGUGCCUGUUGCCGUAUCUGUACUGUGCGAUGCCAAAAGUUCCUCAUCUCCAAAGUGGGCGAAGACUGGAUCUUCCUCAUCCUGUUGGGUCUGCUUAUGGCCUUGGUAAGCUGGGCCAUGGACUUUGCAAUAGCAACUUGCCUGCAAGCCCAGAAGUGGAUGUACGGCGGGCUGGAUACCAACAUUUUCUUGCAGUACAUGGCUUGGAUUACCUACCCUAUUGUGCUCAUCACUUUCUCGGCUGGCUUCACCCAGAUCUUAGCCCCGCAGGCGGUGGGCUCAGGCAUCCCCGAAAUGAAAACUAUUCUGCGUGGGGUGGUGCUGAAGGAAUAUCUCACCCUGAAGACCUUUGUGGCCAAAGUGAUUGGACUGACCUGUGCACUGGGCAGCGGGAUGCCUUUGGGCAAAGAGGGCCCCUUUGUCCACAUAGCCAGCAUGUGUGCAGCUCUCCUCAGCAAGUUUCUUUCGGUCUUUGGGGGCAUCUACGAGAAUGAAUCCCGCAAUAUUGAGAUGCUGGCCGCGGCUUGUGCGGUGGGCGUCGGGUGCUGCUUCGCGGCUCCCAUUGGCGGUGUCCUCUUCAGCAUCGAAGUCACUUCGACGUUCUUUGCUGUCCGCAACUAUUGGCGUGGCUUCUUUGCGGCCACCUUCAGCGCCUUCAUCUUCCGGGUCCUUGCAGUAUGGAACAAAGAUGAAGAAACCAUCACUGCUCUUUUCAAAACCCGCUUCCGGCUGGACUUCCCCUUCGAUUUGCAGGAGCUGCCGGCUUUUGCGGUGAUCGGCAUCGCCAGUGGCUUUGGAGGAGCCCUCUUUGUCUACUUCAAUCGCAAGAUUGUGCAAUUCAUGCGCAAACAAAAGACCAUCAACCGCUUCCUGAUGAAAAAGCGCCUGCUUUUUCCUGCUCUGGUCACAUUCCUCAUAGCAACGCUGACUUUCCCGCCUGGUUUUGGGCAAUUCAUGGCAGGCCAGCUCACCCAGAAGGAGACCUUGGUCACCUUGUUUGAUAACCGCACAUGGGCAAAGCAGGGCUUGGCUGAAGAAUUUGAGUUUGGUGGGGUUUCUGAAGCCUGGAAGCACCCUCGUUCCAAUGUCUUUGUCACCUUGGUGGUUUUCAUCCUCAUGAAGUUCUGGAUGUCAGCUCUGGCUACCACCAUCCCAGUGCCUUGCGGGGCAUUCAUGCCAGUCUUUGUCAUUGGGGCAGCUUUUGGGAGGCUGAUGGGUGAGAGCAUGGCAGCUUGGUUCCCAGAUGGCAUUCACACUGACAACAACAUCUACCGCAUCGUGCCAGGAGGCUACGCAGUGGUGGGUGCAGCUGCCCUCUCUGGUGCCGUCACCCACACAGUCUCCACCGCGGUCAUCGUCUUUGAGCUGACGGGCCAGAUCUCGCACAUCCUGCCAGUUAUGAUUGCAGUGAUCCUGGCUAAUGCUGUGGCCCAGAGCUUGCAGCCUUCCCUGUAUGACAGCAUCAUCCGGAUCAAGAAGCUGCCCUACUUGCCAGAGUUGGGUUGGGGACAUCAGGAGAAGUACAAUGUGCGUGUCGAGGACAUCAUGGUGCGUGAUGUGCGCUACAUCACCCUGAAUUGUAGAUACCGGGAUCUUCAGGAAGUGUUGCACAGUACCAAGAUGAAAAGUCUAGCCCUGGUGGAAUCAGCUGAAUCCAUGAUCCUGCUAGGAUCCGUGGACCGCACUCAGAUCGGCUCCCUCCUCAGUGACCAGCUGAGCCUCGUUCGUCGCCGGCAGUUUAUGCAGGAGAAAGUCCAGCUGGAGCACCGAGCUCCCGAGAAGAGCCAGGAAGGCAAGGAGCCUCACCACGUGCCAGACACGGGAGUGCGCUUUCAGAUUGUGCCAAAGGAAUCCUCCUUCCUCCCUCCACAAAGCGAAUCCCGCAAACCCCUGAAGCCAGCUCUGAAACGGGUCCCCAGCACUUUAUCGGAGAAUGCUUCAGCUGGGACGACAGAGACACCGGGCAUCACCCUGAGGAACCUUUUUUGCGCCAACUCAACAACAGAGUCGAUGGAGGAGGAGAAUUCAAGUGUGUCCGAAAAGCACAAGUCGAAACGCGUCCGCAUUUCUGUGGUGGAAGAAUUUGAUCCAGUUGGCGAGAUGACCCCAGCCGAGAUUCUGGAAUGGGAGGAGCAACAACUAGAUCAGUUGGUCAACUUCAAUAACUGCAAGAUUGAUCCGGCCCCCUUCCAGUUGGUAGAACGCACUUCUUUGCACAAGACACACACCAUCUUCUCCCUCUUGGGAGUGGACCACGCUUACGUCACCAGCAUCGGGCGCCUGAUUGGUGUGGUGACCCUCAAGGAGCUGCGCAAAGCCAUUGAGGGUUCGGUUACUGCCAAAGGCGUGAAGGUGCGGCCACCGCUGGCCAGCUUCCGGGACAGUACAACCAGCAGCAGUGAGAUGGAGGCCACUGAAAUCCACCAGCUGUGGGACCGGAGGCAAAGACACUCCAUUCCUCGUGAGUCCAGCCCUUCCGAGAGUGAUGACAAAUGCCAGUGAUGGUGGAGUAGAUCCUGCCAACCGAGAGACAGUUCACAUUGCCAUGCCUUGGCUGUUCCUGUUGCAGCUGGACCUCUUCUCUGGAGGCCUCCUUCUCUCUACAUUCCAGCUUGGAGAUCCAUGGCAACUGCUUCAACAGGAUAGUCCGUUCCUGGAAAAACUGGAGAUCUCCAUCCUGAGCCUUGAAGCUGAGCCUGGAGAUGCACCCAUAGCCCAGCUGCCCCAUUUGCCCCAUCCUUGGUCUCAGGGUUCAUUCAAGACUUUACCUCCCCACUCUCCCAUCAUCCCACUAUCCAGCAAGGAGGGAGGCUGAUGGAGAUGGGGAAGGAUGUGCCUGUGGGUCUUUUAAAAUACCUUCUGCUCAUCUCAAUGUCCCAGUACAGGUCACUUGAAUCCAAAGGCUCAUUCAUCUCCCCUGGGCCAUCUCCAAGCAUAGCUGAAGACCUCAUUAACUUGUUCUCAGCAGCUCUGCAGGUGGAUUGGGCCACCCCACCUGAAAGGAGCUGGUUUAGCAUCUGUCUUCCUUCAGUCUCGUCACUGUGCCGCACUUCGGGUUGGAAAGGAAAAAGGAAGUUUGUGGCAUGCAUGGAUGCCCUUGUGGCAUCUGUGGGCAACUUCCUAAUGCAGGUGCUGAGAUCUCUGGGCAUCUCUUGGCAUGCUCUGAGUCUUCCCCUUCAAAUCUUAAGUGCUGCCCAGCCGUACUGUGUAUGGCUAGCCCUCUGUUUAGAAGAAGUCCUAAAUAAUGGAUAGGGGUGGAGGAGUCUGGGGUUUUGUUGGUAUGACUUAACGACACAUGGCACCCAAAUAAAGCAAACACUGGAUAUCUUGA